GGUCAGAUCGGCCGAAAUUGCCAUUCCUAAAGGCUGGAGAUGCUCUCAGUCUUCGAAGACAGGUUGUGCGAGAUAUAAUGGGGUUUAUCAACCAUCUCCACAAUGGCGCAAUCUAUUGAGGGCCUUUCCGCUGCUAUUUGCUCUCAGAACAAGAGUUCCCAGAAGUUUGAUGAGACACUGAAGAAGGUUGUAGAAAUGGAACCUAAGCCUUGGGAAAAAGCGAUUGUACCGAUCUUGACAAUGAUGCUUGGACUUAGUAACUCAGCUUGGGAGCAUAAAAUGGAAGUUUUUAGGAAGUGUGGUUGGCCUGAGGAUGAUCUUCAACUAGCAUUGAAAAAGUUCCCUCUUUGUAUGAGUCUAUCUGAGAAGAAAAUAACGAGCGCGAUGGAUUUUCUGGUCAACGAGAUGGGUUGGAAGCCAGUUGCAAUUGCAAAAGUUCCAUGUGUCCUUGGAUAUAGUGUGAAAAGGAGGAUUAUCCCAAGGUGUACAAUUCUGAAAGUUCUUAUCUUAAAAGGCUUAAUUUCGAAAGAUGUGUGCCUUUCCAGUGUUCUAAUUAGGAACGACAAAUACUUCUUAGAUAGGUAUGUCACCAAGUAUGCUGAAGAAGUUCCCCAGUUGUUGGACGUUUUUACAGGUAAAGUGAGCCCUGCUGAACUGGCCAUCGAUUAUGAGACAUGUCUGAGGAAACUAUCGUAGCAUCUCAACUUGGCAAGGCUGAUCGAUUUUUAUUCCAUUUCGAUCUUUUAAACUGGGCGUUGCUGGCCUUUCUGAAAUUUUUCUCGUUCGUAGGAUUAACAUAGGAGAUUUAGACAGACCUAAUCGGACUCUCUGGUAAUCUUUUUUCUCUGCUUUUAGUAUUAAAAUAUGCACUCUUGAAUUUUAAAAUGAGAAUUAUGGACCUCCUCUUGCAUUUGUUAUGCUGAUAAAACAUCAAUUUGGGUUUGGCAGUCAUUGAAACAUGUUUUGAACGUGCAUUUGUUUCUUUCCAGAGGUUGGUGCAAUCACAAGGACCGUGUGUUUCAACAGUCAACUUAUUAGUGGAUUAGGAGCACAUUUUUCCCAUUGGAUAGCUGCAGCUCCCUGCCUUUCUGUCCACAAUUUUCUCUUAGUUUUUGG